UGCCCUGCUUUCUCGAUGUUACGGUGUUGGCUGUGAGCUACCUUGAUGUCGAUUCUUAGGUGUUUAGUUUGGUUUUGUAGCUCAUGGCGUAUGUUCGUAAACGGGAGGCAGCAACAGGAGCAAAAGCAGAAGUAGGCAACCUGCAGGCACCACACACCCAACGGACAGGCAGAGAAGGGUAGUUCGAGACAAUAGGAUCGCAUUAAAAAACCUGACCGACUAGUCUAACCCAGGGAAUAGAAACCUUAAUUCACCCUAAUAGUAACCCAACCCCAGCAAUAUAGCAACUUAACCCAACCAAAAUAGCAACAUAACCUUCCCCCCACAAAAAAAAAUAGUAACCCAACGCCAAUGAUAAUAUGUAGAAACCCAACCCCACGAAAAUAACAACCUAAUCUUGUCAAAAUAGCAACCUAGCCUCAACAAAAAUAGUAACCUAGCCUUUCUAAAAUGUCAACCGAACCCCAGGAAAAUAGCAACCUAACCUAGCCAUAAUAGUAACUUUAUUGCUGUAAAAGCGUAGCACAGAUUUUUCCAAGUGUUUUGUGUGUUGGGGGAUAAAGGAAGACUAAAAGUCAAACCAGUCUCAAAACGAUGCAGUCCUGUUAUCUAGAAAUACCCAGACUUGAUUGAGCCUUGUUAAAUUUCCUGCUCACUCAGAAGCAUUUGUAAAUUAAUUUCAUACGGAGUGUUAAACUUUCUCCCAACAACCUUUCCAGGAUUUUAACCCGGGCUCAUCAAUGCCAAGGGAUACUCCAGGUCUUGAAGCCAUUGUAAUUCUUAUCCACCUCUAUUUGGGCCAUUACAUACUGUCGUGUGGUGCCUUUGUGGUCCCUUGUGGUGCCCCGUGCUGGUGCCAAGCAAACCAGUGCCCCAGUAGGAGGCCCCCAGCCACUCUGCUCGCUGCUCAUGGGCCUCUAGUGGUCGCCUUCAUCACUCUGGCCCUCCACCCAUGAGUCCUCAGCUUGUCUAGGGUUUCAUAGAGGAACAAUACCCCAGGAACUUGAAGACAGCAUGCGGAAGGGGUGCAAGCCUCACUGGUGAAGGUGUGAAGCGAGCGUCAGUGCCGCUGAUUACCUCGUAUGACUGAUAUUGCACUGUUUUCUUGCUUUCGGUUCAAGUGGAAUGCAGUUUUCUUGGUUCUGACCCGGCAAUGCUUGGAAAGAAGGAAACGUGUGGUUGUUUCGCCCACAAGUCCAUUCACCCACACUCGAGAUGGCUUGCCCACGGCUGAGGUCUGUACACCUCACCUCGCCUCACCUGUUGAAUUUUUCUUCACCUGACCUUUUCCCUCUCGUCGCUGACUCUAUCCCUCAGGAUACAUUAUUGGAAUUGUGAUCAGUCAAACUGAAAUAAAACAGAAUAUAUUCUAUUUAAGGCAUGCAGAUAUCAUUUCAGAUAUUGCAGCAUGUACAUCAGAUGCAGAUAAGAUUUCUUGAUUUUUUUUGUUUAGAAUAAGGUAUGAAUUGCAGAAUAUUCAUUGUGAAAUGCAUCCAUUGGGUUAUUUACGGUAACCAAAAGUAAGGUAAUAAUUUAAAUGUGCAUUUGACAUGCAGAUAGUCACACUCCUAACAGCACUUAAUUUUUACCUGUUGUUGCAAUAUAAUUAGGUAAUUAGACACUUCGUCAUUGAUAAUAGAGUGUACUUGUGGGACAAGGAUUAUCACCUGUGAAUAAACUAAACUUGGCUGUGUGGCCAGAGUAGGGGCAUAAAUCUGGAGGGUAGCCUUGUGUUCCCCUAAGGAGAAAGAUGGGCCCCUUAUUAUUAACUACUGAGAGAAAGAAAAAGCAAUAUAAUCUAACAAAUUAGAUGAUUCUGAAUGGGCACUGGAGCCCCUACCACAGGUAACUUUGCCCUUCCAUGGGCCACCAUACAUGCAAACCCCUAGAGAUACCUCAGCCAGAGUUUUCAAAUGUGGUUGAGUAGACUGCAGACCUCAGUGUGGGGAAAUCUGUUUUCAUGUGGAUGAACAGACUUGUGGCACAGACAGACAGACAGGCAGCGAAACAACUGGAAGCCUUCGGGAAUGCAAACAUGCAUCACUAAAACCUAACAACAGGUGUAUUAAAACUUGCAUGUUGGAGUCACAAUUAUGUCGCCCAGUGUUUCAAAGUUGCACAUGACUGAAAAAAAAGCCUAUGGCUUGCACGUAAGCGCAUCUAAAUUUACAAUCCGCAAAACAAGUUUAAAGCUUUUUUAUUAAUUGUAAAGCUUGGAAUGUGAAAGUACCAUAGAAAAUAAUGAAAAGUCCUUAGUUUAGAUUGGUUUAUAUUCCACAUAUGAAGAUAUGGAGGCUGCACAUGUUGAGAAUUAGUAUGAUGCAUUGAUUGAUCUCUGCUCUGCACACAGAGAUCUUUACCAUUUCAUUCUGUUGUACACUACAGGCAUUGCCUGUAUGGUAGUCAUAGUAUAACAAGGUUUCAUUAUUAAGAAGUAAUUUUAUUAAGAGAAAUAAACAUUGAAUAAAGGAUAGACAAUUUUACUCACCAUUAGGUCUUUUCUGGUUAUACAGUUGUACACUAAACUUGUUAUUUUCAUUAUACACGAUAAAUAAUUGCUUCAAACUUAUAUAGAAUGUCCAUUAGUGAAAUGUGCAUUAAAAAGAAAUAUUAAUAACAUGUGGAGCUUUCAUACAGACUCAAACAUUACACUUGCAAACUGAAAUUCUCUCGUCUUACCUGUUGAGUGUAAAUAGUCGCCUGGACUAAAAAUUACCACGAAACCAACAGUUUAAAAACUUAUCUUCUUAUACCAUACGAAGCUGUUGGUUCAUUGGGUCAGAUCAUCUUGUGUGGAUUUGAGGUUUGUCCACAAAGUCACGGGUGAACAGAAACUCAUCGAGGAAAGAAAACUACUUCAGUUGUGCCAAGCCAAGAUCAAGGAGAUCAUUCACCGCCUCAAUCAGGACAAAUCUCGCUGGCACUUCCGACGAUCUCUCUUCAUGAAUAAGAUCAUUUCCAAGAAUUUAUUACCUCUUCUGGUCCAUGUCAAAGAGGAAAGAGGACUCAUGGAAGCAACAAUAAAAGUCCUCCAGGAGUUGAUGACCCCCGUGGAGUGCCUGAUGCCUGCUGAGACCAUGAGCCAGAACCAUGAGGGGAAGCGCAUCAUCUAUGAGCUGGAGACAGCCAUCGUCAACGCCAAGAAGCUGUUCCUCGACACCCAGGUCACCAAGGCCAUCGUCGACCUCAUGAGCUCUGUCCUACAGCAGGAGUCCAAGGUGCUGAGUCUCCCUGAGUGCGAGCUGAUCAACCAGUGUCUGCUGCUGGUGCGCAACCUCCUCCACGUCAGCAGCAUCGUCAUACCCCACCACACCCCCUCCUACACCGGACCCCCAACCUCUGCCUCCGCUGGCUCGGCGUCCACAACCUCCUCCCUUCCUGUGAGCACUGGGCAGCAGGGCGGAACAAACCAGUCAGUGCUCACAGAAGACCAAAUACUGUGGAACCUUUUUGCUCAACGCUUUGAUAACAUUCUCAUCCAACUCCUGACGUGCAACCAGCAGCACCUCUGGAACAUCACAAUGGUGCAGCUGGUGUCCCUCAUGUACCGGGACCAGCAGCAGGGCACCAUCAGGAAGCUCAUCAAUGAGUGGCUCGAGUCCUCCCUCGCCGAGAGUUCUGAGGACGACGAGAACAACCCUAUGUCCUCCUCCUCCUCCGAUGCAAUCUCCACGUCCGACCCCGUCUCCGACUCCUCUGAGAGGCUGUCCCCGGUGGACGGCAUGGCAGCCAAGGAGGAGAAGAUACACAGCAUGUCAAGUCACCAUGAGGACUCAGACCGCACCUCAGGGAACAAGAAGCUGCACAAUCUGGACAGCUGCCCGGACAGCGGGUUCUGCCGGUCAGGGUCCAACAUCGACUCCUCUCUAGACGAGUCAGUGUCUGACAACAGCUACCGAAUGUUGAGGCUGGAGAAGCAGGGGACUGGGGGCAGCGGUGGCAGGGCCAUGGCUGGCUGGUACCCUGGGGAGACAGCUGGGCUAGAAACAGCAACUCCUAUGACUGGGGAAGCUCCUGGUGAGAAGAGGGUGGAUAGCAAGACCUGCAGGGACAGGGAAGCCAACAGCCCGAAGAACAUCUAUGAAAUGAAGAGCGUCGGGGACAGUGAGGAGAAUGAAAGUGACCGGGCUGGCUGUGAGGGUGGCAGUGAGGGGAGCAGUCCCGUGCCCUCAGAGGAGCAGCAGUCGCCCAUCCCCCUGGACACCAAGACCAGUGACCCUCACCUCAUGGAGUUCUUGGCUCAAGCAGAGCCAAACGCAGAGUCGAGAGAGUUAGAUGGAAAAGUACGAGUAGAACCAAAAGCCGAGGCAGAGAGGAAGGAUGCGGUAACCCCCACGGAGCCUAUCCUCAUCACCAAGGAGGACAAGGAGCCAUUCCCCUUGAGGGAUGCACUGUCCCCCAUGGAGGAGGAAGAAAAGCCUGUGGGGCAGCCUGUCAAGUGGCCACCCAAUGUGGAAGAGUCCGGCUCCAGUGGCGACUCCAGUGAGAAGAAGCCGCCGCCGCAGCUGCCUAAGCUCCAUAAGAAUAAGCCACUGGCGGGACAGAAGCGCUCCAGACACACCAUGUCCCAAAAGCUGCUCUCAGACACACAGGAAAACAAUGAGUCCAGCAACUCCACGGGCUCCGAGUGUGACGAGGGUCCCCACGCCAAGCGGCCACACCACCAAAAGCCCCACAAGAUGCUGAGCAAGCCACGGCCGGCCAAGAUGCUGCAGAAAGCGCUGCAGGAGAGGAACGUCAAGAGGACCAAGUUGAUUAAGAGAAAGGAGAGCAACAGCAUCAAAGCCAAGGCGUUGCUCCACCACCACCCAACGCCCGAGGACAUCUCAAACCUCCUCAAGGAGUUCACGGUGGACUUCAUGAUGAACGGCUACUCCAACCUGCUGCAGGGCCUGAGGCUGCAGGUGAUGCUGCCAUACCAGAUUGACCUGGACAAGUCUCACCUGCUGUGGCUUAUCACCUACUUCCUUCGCUUUGCCGUGGAGCUGGACCUGGAGCUAUCCCAGAUCUGCCCAGUGCUGUGUGUGGAUGUGGCAUGUUACCUGGUGUACGAGGGCGUGUUGAUGCAGGAGGAGCUGGAGCGAGCGGUUCGGCUCGGGGAGAACAACCUCCUGCCCCAUGUGCGCCGCCUCCACCUGGUCGUCACGGCUCUCAGGGAGUUCUUCAUUGCCCUCGAGAUCUGCCUCAAAAAGGAGCAAAGUCUCCUCGAUGCCAAACACCUCCUCAAUAUUAAAGAAGAACUCGGGCAGCUGGUUGAGAUCCGGCAGCUGUUCCUGCUGUUGAUCCGCACGUACCGGCCCGGCGUGCUAAACCUCAACUACCUCCAGGACCUGAUCACCACCAACCACCGCUUCCUCACCACCCAGGAGGCCUGCAGCCCCUCCCUGCCCACCCCCUACUCAUUCAACCUCUUCAACCACAUCAAACUGUUCGCCACAAUGGACAUCAUGCGCCAGUACAGUCGCCUCCUCGAGAAUUUCAACGUGAAUGACGAGAUGGUGAACGACUGCAUCUUCACCAUGAUGCACCACAUUGCCGGCGACCUCAGGAACGUCAACGUGCUGCUACAGCCGUCUAUCCUGAGGGUGUUCCUGCGCAUCUGGCGGGAAGGUUUUGAGCUGUGUGGGGACUGGGCGGACCUCAUUGAGUAUGUCCUGCGGAAGUGCACUCGAGUCCGCAUUGAACACCCAGACAAGAAGGAGAACAAGAACCCCCACAAGCCCGUGGUGGAGGCGCCGGGGAUAGAUCUCUCGAAUGAGGACUUUGACCAGCUGUACAACCUCUACCUGGCCACCACCAGCGAGCAGGACCUGAUGGACAAGAUUAAAGAGAUCUGCUGCGACGACUCCAUCGAGGAACCCAUCAAGAAGGAGGUAAUACAGAAGCUGUUGGCACGAGGCUUCAUAACCAACAGCGAAUGCUCCAAGCUGUGCGCGGAGAUCCCCACAGCCAGCCACGUGCACAUCCCCCCUGCCCCCAGCCUACCACAACUCCCCCAUGCAGAGCCGCUGGUCACCAACAAGUCAGAGGGGGACAUCAGUCUGGAGUGUGACGUGAUGCAGGUCAGCAGUGACUCUGAAGACUCCUCUGAUGACCAACCCAACAUGCCUCCGCCCUGCAAAGUGACCAGGGAGGAUGUGACAGACAAGCUCGACGGGAUGGAGAACCUGAAGCUUGCCUCCCCUCCUCACCCUCAGAGGAGCAAGCCACCUCCUUCCUACCAGAAGCAAGAUGAGAAACCUGCUGAUAGCAAAGACUCCUUCAUGUGUAACCAAGAACCACUGUCAGAGAAAGGGAGUGUGGAAGGCAACUUCAUCUUCAAUGAGGACAGCACGGACUGGGAGGACAACACUGCCGUCGCUUUCCUAAUAGACAAGUUAAAAGAGGAGGGCUACGGGAGUCAAGUGCAGUGGCUCCAGAAGCAGCUCCUUGAGGCCUGCUAUGCUAAGGUCAAGUUUGUGGGCACCGACAUUCCUAGGGCUGAGCCAAUCGCCUUCCACUUUACAUUGUCCAACCAAUCCAUUCCACUGAUCCCCUGGACCAGCGAGCAGGAGGAGGCGUUCUCCUCGCCCACCUUCCGCCAGCUGCUGGGUGAGCUCGGCUUCCACUUGCCCUCAGAUACUGGCAAGCUGUUCCCACGCAUUCCCCACUUCUGGUGCCCUGAUGUGCUCUUCAUGGUGGCCAAGAGACUAGGGGACAUUACACAGAGUGUCCUCAAAGUGCCGCUGGACCACAUGCAGAUUCUGAUGCAACACGUGAGACAGAUGGCCCUCACAGGUGCUAUGAGGGUCGAGGGAAUGCAAGUUGAGGAGUCAUUGAUUAACAAAGGAGUUUCCUCUGUUGACUUUGACGACUUUUCUGAAGAGGUCAGCGACUGCUCUAUGGAGAACAACCGCUCCGGCAACUCGUCCCCGGUGUCAUCCCUGGAGGAGAAGCUGGCGCCGCUGCCCGAGGGUGAGGCGGUCAGGAGUACCGGUCUCACUUAAGAGAUGAAGAUGAAAGGAAGAAACGUUCAGUGUUGGUGUCUAGUGUUGAAGGAAUAAUGCUUAAGUGGAAGUAUGCAAAGACCUAUGAUAGUUGCUUGCCUCAGCGCAGAAACUUUUCACAUAGGACAGACUGAAAACUCAUUCUACCUCAUUUUGAGGUAACAAACAGAUCCCUCAACUUCUGUUCCAUAGACAGUGAAGAAAAUCAAAAGUAAACUCAAACUUUGUAAGAAAGACUUUAAAGUUCUUACCGUGUGGAAAACAGUGAACGAUAGGUUGAGUUGCUUUAGAAAAUACAACAAAAUGGUGAAUGUGAGCAUUUGUGAAACUUGUCUGAGGAAGCCGUUAGAAAGUAGAAUUGACAUUGCAAACAUGAAAGCUACCUUUGAAAAUGCACUGCAGCUCGCUGAAGACAUAGCGACUAGACCCAACACUGAUAGAACCAAGAUCAGUAACAGGCUGUUCUAGAGGAUCCCCACAGUAGCUGCCACAUCCCCGAACUUCCAGCUGAUUGCGCCAAAAUACAUUAUGCCGUCCUCGGACAAGGCUGCACGUCUUCGUUCUCAAAUACUCUUCUUUCCUGACAAGCCAGCAUCUCCUUAGUCUGACAAAGUAGACAAAAUUAAUUAUAUAAAAAAUAUAAAAAAAAUUAAAAAAAUAGAAGGUAAAAAUAACAGGCUAAUAAUACAAACUUUUAGUCCAGCUCUGCUGGCUGUUUGUUGGACAGGAGCCAAAAGUUGCAGGAAUUAAAUAUAAUACUUAUCAUUUAAACUUAAGUCAGGAUGUUUCAUUGUAUUGUUAAUUCAUGAAGGGAUUAUAUUAAUCCUGAGAAAGUGACUAUGGAGCUUUACAAGGUCUUAAUAGUACUGCUUGCAAUACUGCUGGUUUGCAAAACAGUCACAUCAUGUAGUUGUGGACCAAUUCUCCCAAACGUCACAUCACUCCACAAGACAUAUAAAGCUUGGAAAGGGAACAAAGUGCAUCAUCGACAAUCAAUGUUAGUGUGUUUGUCUGACCUCCACUAGAGGAGCAGCGUCUGUACUUCUCGUCGCCAGUGUAGCUGAGGCAGAAAAUAAAAACUACCCACUGUUUUAA